AUGAGGCAAGCACCAGCAGAUGGUUGUGCUUUGAGCUCUGACGAGGGCGGAAACGUCGAAACGUUAGCUGUUAAUAAACAUCAAUACCAAACUUGGCCACAGCUCAAGCGAAUCAGUAAAAAAGCUACGUUCAACAUGCCAAGAUUCAAGGAGAGUCGAACAAGAGCAAUUCUAAGAGAUGUACCACUCGAAAGGCUCUGGAGGCUUUUUGGAUCCACUCCAAGGGCCCAAAGAUGA